AUGCACCCACCGUCAUGUCUCCAUGGCACAGAACUGUCUGCAGCAGGGGAGCGGCAUGUCAAUGAGGAGAUAAAGCCAGCUCUACUCGGAGUGAAGCAGGUGAAGGAAAUGAUGGAGAAAAAAGAGGAGAGGCACUUGCACCUGAUGGACGCCCUGAGACACAUUAACUACAAGAAGAAGAUGAACCAACAGCUGGCCCGAGAAACCGAGCAGAAACUCAAGGAGGCCGAGCGGCAGUGUGAAGACUUAACCAAGUCCUCCUUUGACGAGUGCCGACCGUGUAUCGAAGACUCGCGCAAGGCCUUCUUCACCUCACCAUGUCGAAGGGGCUUCGCAGCUUUCUCGUUCAAGGUGGAGGAGUUUUUCAAGAAAAUGGCCGCCCAGUUUAGAACCAGCAGAGCAUGUUGACUAUCAAAAUAGGAGAACGGAGCUCGGACCAAGUCGCCUCAGAAUGAUGAUGAUGAUGAUGAUAAAUCCGACCUGGAGCUGCUGCAGGCGGAGGAAUCGCUCAGCCGGCUGCUGUCCAACAUCAGCCUCUUCUACAACCACGGCAUCAGGCUGGUGAAGAAGAUGCCACACGUCUUCGGUCAUUCCUUUCUUGCAGCCUUGGACACGGAGCUCCAGCCCAGCCCGCUGUCAGGCCUCCAGGGCGGCUUGACCGCAGGCUUCCUCAGAACUGUGGGUCUGGAUCACAUCCUGGACUCAUUGUACGACUUUGGGAGGAACGUGGUCCAAGAGUUCAGCUCCACAGUGGUGGCUGUCUUCAGGGAGGUACAAGAAGCUGACGAGUAUUUUCAGCAGUACAGCAGAAGUAUAUGA